CGGGGAGACUCCGGCCGCGAGCUGAGCCUCUGUUUUUGUUGGAGAAGGAGAUAGGGCAGUGCGGGAGCCAACACCGAGGCGUUCGCGUCGGGGACAAACCGUGAGCCAGACUGCUCCGGACUCGGUGACUUUUGCAACGGGAAGGCGCCAGUAUCCCCGGUGGCGCUGCGUGUUUAGGCCACAGUGAGACCCUGGGAGGAAGAAAUCUGGUUUGAACCACUGACCUGACUCAUGCUUAUUUGGAGUGAGGGAAGCAGCAGGAUGAGAAGGGCUGGACGACUGCCUGCAGCAGUACGUCCACAAGUUCGAGCGGGAGAAGAUCAACGGCGAGCAGCUGCUGCGGAUUGCCCACCAGGACCUGGAGGAGCUGGGCAUCACGCGGAUCGGGCACCAGGAACUCGUGCUGGAGGCUGUCGACCUGCUCUGCGCACUGAAUUAUGGCCUUGAAACCGACAAUAUGAAGAACUUGGUUCUGAAAUUGCGAGCCUCCUCCCACAACUUACAGAACUACAUCAGUAGCCGGCGGAAAAGCCCCGGGUAUGACGGGAACACGUCCCACAAGCCCCCCAAUGAGUUCCUGACUUCCGUGGUGGAGCUCAUAGGCGCUGCCAAGGCCUUGCUGUCGUGGCUAGACCGGGCCCCUUUCACAGGGAUCACGGAUUUCUCAGUCACGAAGAACAAAAUCAUUCAGCUUUGCUUGGACCUGACCACUACAGUCCAGAAGGACUGUCUUGUAGCAGAAAUGGAGGAUAAAGUUCUAACCAUAGUCAAGGUUCUAAAUGGCAUCUGCGACAAAACGAUCCGGUCCACCACAGACCCCGUCAUGAGCCAGUGCGCAUGCCUGGAGGAAGUGCACCUGCCCAGCGUGAAGCCUGGGGAGGGCCUGGGCAUGUACAUCAAAUCAACGUAUGACGGGUUGCACGUGAUCACUGGGACCACAGAGAACUCUCCUGCAGACAGGUCCCAGAAGAUCCACGCUGGCGAUGAGGUCAUCCAGGUCAACCGGCAAACCGUGGUGGGAUGGCAGCUGAAAAAUCUGGUGAGAAAACUGAGGGAGAACCCCACGGGAGUCGUGCUCCUGCUGAAGAAGCGCCCCACGGGGUCGUUCAACUUCACCCCCGCGCCUCUGAAGAACCUGCGGUGGAAGCCGCCUCUCGUGCAGACUUCGCCUCCACCCACCACGACCCAGUCCCCCGAAAGCACCAUGGAUACCUCGCUGAAGAAGGAAAAGCCAGCCAUCCUGGAUCUUUACAUUCCUCCCCCGCCAGCCGUGCCCUACUCCCCCCGGGACGAGAAUGGGAGCUUCGCUUUCGGAGGAGUCAGCAAGUGCAAACAGGCGGUGCCUGCUCCCAAGGGUUCCGAGUCCCCAAACUCCUUCCUGGACCAGGAGAGCAGGAGACGGAGAUUCACCAUAGCUGACUCGGACCAGUUGCCUGGGUAUUCGGUGGAAACCAACGUUCUGCCCACAAAAAUGAGACAGAAGACGCCAUCGUACGGCAAGCCCCGACCUCUGUCCAUGCCUGCGGACGGGAGCUGGAUGGGGAUCGUGGACCCUUUUGCCAGACCUCGAGGCCAUGGGAAGAAAGGUGAGGAGGCCCUGUGCCGCUACUUCAGUAAUGAACGGAUCCCUCCGAUCAUCGAGGAGAGUGCCUCGCCCGCCUACCGCUUCUCCAGGCCCACCAUGGAGAGGCAGCUGGUCCGAGCAGACUACAUCCGAGGCAGCCGGUGCUACCUCAGCUCAGAUCUCCACAGCAGCGCCACGAUGCCAUUCCAGGAGGAAGGGACCAAAAAGAAAUCCGGCUCCUCGGGGGCCAAGUCCUCGUCCACGGAGCCGUCCCUGCUGGUCAGCUGGUUUACGCGCCUGAAACUGUUGACUCACUGAGCCCUGCCCUCCCCGGACGCCCCACCGCCCCUGCUCCCAAGUGCCUUGCUCCCUCCGUGGACGACCUGUUCUGAUGCUCAUGCACAGUAUUAUGUAGACACCUUUUGCAAAUUCAUUUUAUUUCAUAUUUGGAAAAUUGUACGUCACCCUUCUUGGGAAUGUUGAAGGAAGUGGGUGGGAACAAAUCCAGAGGGUCUUAGGUGCUGGUCUGUGGAGGCAGAAGGAAGAGGUGGGUAGGGUGGGCUUUUCUUGCUUCCGCAGAAUCAGAACGUGGAGACACGCUCUCUCUACAAACCAGGCCUCUGCCAGCAAUGGUAGGGUCCCUAGGCAGAACUGGGGCACUGUCCGCUGUUGGGGGGGCGGGAGAAAAUUGGUGGCCGUUGUCGCACGGAUGUGUUGGUGUGUGGCCCAGCUUGCCCACCUGAAAAAGCCAGUGGAGAAAACAUUUCCCUGGUGAUUCCUCAAGCCACACACCACAUGUGUCAGCGUAGCAGCGGCUUUGACUUUGAAAUAACGCGUUUCGGAAGCGCCUGCCGCUCUUUCAGAGCAGAGGUGUAAGCGUAGACCUGUUACGCUUGGUUCACCCCUUUCCGUAACAGUCUCCGUGCAGGUCGAUCGGUGCAGAAACGCACUGAGACAGGCCUGAUCGCGCACACAGACGUGUGGGGUUCUGCGGGGUGGCAGUGUCACACGUUGUGUCUCUGAGGGAGAAGCAGCGACGGGAUUUGCUGACAGCCAAAGCAUCGUCCAGGAAAAUGAAGCCACGGGACUUAAGUUUGUGAAAGACACAUCAGUUUGCAUUUGGACCUGUUCGGUGUCUCUCUCUUCCAGAAAAGAACGGACGGUUCUUCAAUAUUACACAUUUUGCUAAUUAGAAACAUCUUGGAAAGUCUCACGGUCGCAGAUUUUCAAGUAGCAUCAGGUAUUUUUGGAAAAGUGUGUCUGGAUAUUAACUCCUGUUUAAACUGAAUGUAUGAUAUUUUGUUAGAAUGGAAAAGUACUAUCUUGUUAAUUUAAGUGUUUUAAAUAUAGUUGUAUAUUUUUCUUACUCUGA